CGACUGACGCGACGACGCGACCGUGAGCAGCGACUGCUACAGCAAAAAGCAGAAAGAGGUUGCAAGAUUGAGCGAAGGCCUGGGGGGUUGAGGGUUGCUAUGCUUCAUUGGAUUUAAACAGUUUACACGCUUAAGUGGCCCGUUGUGGAGCUUGAGUAUGCUUGCAUUGUAAACCACCGUCAUGUCUAGCGACAGGAGUGACGGCUUCGCCGCUGCCAGGUCAUCGAGCAUCUUCACUCUCCUGGAAAAUGCUGAAGCGGACCGUGCGGCCGUGGAGCAGGAUUUUCGGACGCUGCAGAGAAACUCAAAUCCACGGAGUGAAGAAAUCUUGAGUGCACAAAACGAACUCUGCGCUUUGAAAGCACGACGAAACCGUGCUUUAGAUGAGCUUGGCACAUGCAAAGCAGCGGUUAACACUCUCCAGGCUCAAUGUGAACAGUUUGUGAAAGCGAAUGAAGGAGUUUCUACGAGGAUUACGGACCUUUCAACGAAAAUCUUUCAGGAAAGGCGUUCAAGGCUUGAGAAAAUAACCAGUGCUGAGCAGUAUCUCAGUGGAGUUCGUGAAGCUCUGGAAAAAAUUGUAUGGACCCCAGAAGCACUUGAAAGGUUGGCAGAAGCGCUGAAGAUGCAAGUGCCGGAGUUAGAGCUGCGUUCUGCAGACUUGGAUGCAAGCCUACAGUGCAAGAGGUCCGAGCUGGACCACUUGCAGGCGCAGAGCACCGACAACAGCUUGGCAGGCGAUGUCACAUUCAGAGCGGAGGAGCAGCAAGCAAUACUACAAAUCUUCAGAGAGGAGGACAGCAAACUUCAGUCUAUGCUGAGGCAUCUCACAUCGCAGAAGCAGCUCUUGAAGGAAGAGGUUGACCGUCUUUCACGCCUCGACAGUUAGCUCGCCAGAAAUGACCAAGCCCAACAUGCCAAAGAGCCUGUGAUACUGCCACCAAUCACAUUUUCACUGGUGUACCUUAAUUUAUAGUCAUAUACUGGACCUUGCUGUACUAUUUUACUUUCUAUAGAUUGAUGUAACACUCUACUUUUACUUUACUAUAUGUCGUGGCAAGUUACCACGAUGAAUGAAAUAAAACAUUCCAACCAAAAA